GAGUAAAGACUUUUAUUUUGAUAUGUCACGGUGAAAGAAUGUUUCUCUAAGACCGCGAUGCUUGUAAAUGUCUCUGUAUUUUGUUUGUUUUUCUUAAAUCUUAGUUGAUUAAAAUAGUCAAAUCAACAUUUGUGACAAAAUAUCUUUGUGUCGUCGUGUUUGGAGUCGAUUAAGAUGUAUUUAAAUCCUGAUUAUGGAGCCGUUUAUGUCCGAGAGAAAGGAGAGCUGCGUUAUGUGAACGCAGACGCUCCGACACAGCAUAGACUCUUCAACAGAGACGUCUCAUUUAAACUGUGCAUUGACAUUUUACCAUCAGCUGCUCGUACGAAGAGAAACGAUCACUUCAUUUUUACCUACAAUAGAGAGGGAAGUCUACGGUACACCGUUAAAUCGUUGUUUGACAUAUCGUUGCAGUUCAUUGCUGAUCACAUUGAACAUGUUGAUUCACUGGUUGGUUUUCCUGAGCAAAUGGCUGAUAAGUUGUUUUCCGCCGCUGAAGAAAGACACAAAUUCACCGACUCUCAUACUGCACCCAGAGCACUGCAAGUUUUCUGUGAGGCCUAUGAAGAACUGGUGCUGAAAUCACUGUGUUUGAGAAAUAGGCAUCUUUUGGUAUAUGAAAGAUUGGAAGAGAUAAGUAAGUUUCAGAGUCUGGAAAGCCUAGACCUCUAUGGAUGCAGAUUAGGUGACAAUCAUGACAUUUUUAAAUACAUAACCUCUGAGGCCCUGGCUAGUCUAGUGAAGCUUUUCAUGGGUGCAAACCGCCUUUCAGAUUCAGGCCUGCAGAGACUGACGGCACCAGUGAGGGUCAUGAAGAAAGGCCUAGAGAACCUGCAGCUUCUAGACCUCUCUGAGAAUUCCAUCACAGAGAAAGGUCUUGGAUAUCUAUCAUGCUUUAAAUCACUUGAAAAACUAGACAUAUCAAGGACAAACGUAAAGGUGAAUAUGUCUUUGAAAGGAUUCUUGAGAAGAAAGAUGGGAAUGGUCCUCUCAGAGACGCCUCUGAAGGAGUUUACUCAUGCUGAUUGCAAAACAGAGGGCUGGGCUGAACAGGUAAUAAACCAAUGGGAAGUCACAGCUUCAGAAGUACCAAAGAAAGAACACAAGCCAAAAACAAAUGCUUUGCGUUUCUAUGGAAGGGAAAAGUUUGUUCGUGAGACAUUAAACUCCUUGUCUGGGUCAAGUGACACCACAAUGAAUAUAAUUGUCCACUUUUAUAAGCUUGAUCCCCAUGGCUUAAAUUCUGCAGCAGAACACAACACGCAUUCCACAACAGUUGCUACUAUAGAGAAGGGCAAGAAGAGGAGACUGUCAAUGGAAGAACAACAAAGUUCAACUCCUCUUGCAAAGCGCCAGUCUCUGUCUACUUUGUCUGCAGAGGACUUAGAUCUGUUAAAUAGUUACUGAGUGACAACAAACAUCUUUCAUCUAUGCAAUCCUCUGUGAGGAAAGUGACGUUGAAAUGCUUUUAGUUUGUAUUCAUUAAAAUUUAAAACCUAAUUUUAACAUUUGUUUUUUAUCGCCUCAAUGGCAGGAACAUGGGCAUAUUUAUACAUAUUCAUUAUAAAUAAAUUUGUUAAAUAAA